UUCUGCCAGAGCCUCAACCCUCCGUAGCCGAGGUGGGAACCAGACCCGCCCCGCCUGCCUCUCGUCCACUACUGCCAGGUGCAACAGUCCGGCUGCAGUGUGCCGCGAGCCAGCUCUUAUCCGAGGCCCAGCCAAAUCUGGGAGACAUGAGGUAACAGACGUCCUGGCCACCGACUGGCUUGUCAUGUGACUUUGGACAAAUCGCUGUUCUUUGUGCAGCCUCCGUGUUUCUUACCUGAUGGCCUCAGUAACUGAUGGUAACACUGGAAUCAGAGAUGCCUCUGACCAGAACUUUGACUACAUGUUCAAACUGCUCAUCAUUGGCAACAGCAGCGUCGGGAAGACCUCCUUCCUUUUCCGCUAUGCUGAUGACACCUUCACCCCUGCCUUUGUCAGCACUGUGGGUAUCGACUUCAAAGUGAAGACAGUUUACCGUCAUGAGAAGCGUGUGAAGCUGCAGAUAUGGGACACGGCAGGGCAAGAGCGGUACCGGACCAUCACCACAGCCUACUACCGCGGGGCCAUGGGCUUCAUUCUCAUGUAUGACAUCACCAACGAGGAGUCCUUCAACGCUGUCCAGGACUGGGCUACUCAGAUCAAGACCUACUCCUGGGACAACGCACAGGUCAUUCUCGUGGGGAAUAAAUGUGAUAUGGAAGAGGAAAGGGUUAUCCCGACUGAGAAGGGCCGGCUCCUAGCAGAGCAACUUGGUAUGCACACGGCACAUACGUACACAUGGUUUGACUUCUUUGAAGCCAGUGCCAAGGAGAACAUCAGUGUGAGGCAGGCCUUCGAGCGUCUGGUGGACGCCAUCUGCGAUAAGAUGUCUGACUCAAUGGACACAGACCCCUCCGUGCUGGGCGCCUCCAAGACCACACGGCUCUCGGACACCCCGCCGCUGCUCCAGCAGAACUGCUCUUGCUAGGCAAGGCCCGCCCUGCUGUUCCCCCCAUGUCAUGCCCACUUCUCCUCUGCUUCUCUCUGUUACUGUCCGCUCCCCGAACCCCAAGCCAGCUGAGUUCUUUGCCAGCCCCUGUGGUUCUCUGCAGACGGCCCCAGCUACAGAUACUAACUGCAGGUUACUGUGUGGGUGAAGACUCCUCUUACAACAGAAAACUCCCUCUUAGGAAGGAGGUUCAACAUAGAGACUUGGAAAGAACCUUUUCUGCCCUUAAAAUAAAAUUCCCUUCAUUUACCAAGAUACAACUCCCACACGCACUCCUUAGGGGUUGACCAGUGUGUAAAGUGAGGCCCACCUGCACAGCUGAUACUAUUAAAGAAAAUGUCUCAAAGCA